AAAAGUUCGUCUUUAGCGCCCUCUACACAGCAGGUUGUUCAUUUAGUUCUAGAUACAUCUGAGCGUACUUUCUCUUCCGGAUUAUCAAAAUGGGGAUUGAUAUUAAUCACAAACACGAUAGAAAGGUUCGACGAACCGAACCAAAAUCUCAAGAUGUUUAUUUACGACUUCUUGUAAAACUCUACCGAUUCCUGGCACGUAGGACGAACUCAAAGUUCAAUCAAAUCAUUCUGAGACGUCUGUUUAUGAGCAGGAUUCAUCGACCUCCGAUUUCUUUAGCACGUGUUGUUAGAUUUAUGAAGAAACCUGGUCAUGAAAACUGUAUUGCAGUUAUUGUUGGAACUGUUACAGAUGAUUCCAGGAUCUUUGAAGUUCCAAAAUUAACAGUUUGUGCACUACGUAUUACUGAAAAAGCUAGAGGCCGCAUCUUGAAAGCUGGUGGUGAAAUAAUUACAUUUGAUCAGUUAGCUCUUCGUGCUCCUCUUGGGAAAAAGACAGUUUUAAUGCAAGGUAGACGUAAUGCACGUGAGGCUGUGAAACACUUUGGAUUGGCACCAGGUGUUCCACACUCUCAUACCAAACCAUUAGUACGUUCAAAGGGUAGGAAGUUUGAAAGAGCCAGAGGCCGUAGGCGUAGUUGUGGUUAUAAGAAGUAAACUCUUAAAUGUAUGCCAUCAUUUAUUGUGCCAUUGAACUUAUGGAAAAUAAAUGCUGGUUUUACACGUUUUUA